UGAUGGUUACAUUCAUUCGUUGUCUCUUCCUAAUCUGUUGAACAGAAGUGGUGACUGAAUGGAGGUGUCUGCUUUGAGGCCACCCUGCCCCUUAUGCCGCCGCUGCUUCUCUUUCUCUAUUUUACCUCCCCAACGAAGAAAAAUUCAGACAAUCCAAAUUUUCAACAAUGGCUUCAGGAACAAUAAUAGCACUGUGCCUAUAAAUUCUGUAAAAUUUGGAGCGGAUUUUUCAUGCUGUCUAAAUGGGACAUCUUUGGGGUUAAAUAAAUACAAUGGCGUGAGGUACAACCGAAAUUUUCCAUGCAAGAGUCCAGUUUGCAUUUCAUGUAUGAAAAUUUCAAAUGCAUCAACUGGCAUGUUGGAGGAAAUGACAGAGGAGGAAGAGCUGAAUUCUUUGCAUUCACGCGAAACUCAAGUUAGGACGGUGAGUGUGACUGCUUGCAAUAAUGGAUUUUCUGCAACCACUGCUGGAAUAAAAUUGUCUGGUGGUGAUUAUAGAGGCUGGACUAUAGCAAAAGAUAAGUUAACUGAAAAUAAAAAGGAAAUGAACGGCUUGAAUAAAUUUGAGAGGGAAAAUGGCAGUCCUAUUGCAUUGAAUAGAGUUGCUUCCAUUGCUCAGAACCAGGUUGUUUCUACGAAUGGGGAUAGUAUUGUUGUACUGCAGGAUCGUGGUGAGCAUAUCUCAUCUACUGUUAAUUAUUCUGUAUUAAACAACUCAAAGGUGUUUACAGAUUCUGAAACGGUGGUUCGCCAGUUUAAUGGAUCUUCAUUGGGGACUGGUAAAGAGAAAAUCACUGUAGUCAAUGGUAAUAAUGUUUUGGAUGCAACUGCAAAGGAUUCAACUAAUGCAACAUUUGCUAAAAAGGCACGUAGUACUGACCAAUCAAAGCUUCAGGAUAGGCUCUGUAGUAUCUAUGAAGAUAUUCUGGUUGUUGAUAAUAUUCCUCUUGCGGAGGAAGUGUCUAAGAUGCUCACAACAAAAUACCAGCAUCUUGUUUAUGCAUGUGAUACGGAGGUAGCCAAGAUAGAUGUCAAACAAGAAACUCCUGUAGAUCAUGGGGAGAUAAUAUGCUUCAGCAUUUAUUCUAGUCCAGAAGCUGAUUUUGGAGGUGGAAAGUCCUGUAUCUGGGUAGAUGUUCUUGAUGGUGGAGGCAAAGAGAUUUUAGAAAAAUUUGCUGAAUUUUUUAGUGACUCUUCUAUCAAGAAGGUCUGGCAUAAUUAUAGCUUUGACUGUCAUGUUAUAGAGAACUAUGGAUUCAAAGUUUCUGGAUUUCAUGCUGACACAAUGCACAUGGCACGGUUAUGGGAUUCUUCAAGACAUUUGGAUGGGGGUUAUUCUCUUGAAGGACUUACAGGUGACAGAAGGGUCAUGUCUAGAGCUCAGCUGAACCAUGAAAAGGAUUUGAUUGGUAAGCUGUCAAUGAAAACAAUAUUUAGUAAGAAAAAGGUGAAAAAAGAUGGAUCUGAGGGUAAAACAACUACCAUUGCCCCUGUUGAAGAGCUACAGAGAGAUGAGCGUAUACCUUGGAUAUGUUAUUCUGCCUUAGAUGCUAGAAGCACUUUGAAGCUGUAUGAGAGCCUAAAGAGCUAUCUUUCAGAUAUGCCCUGGAAAUUUGAUGGUGUGCCAGUUUCUGGGAGAACCAUGUAUGAUUUCUACAAUGAAUAUUGGCGACCAUUUGGUGAGCUUCUAGUCACGAUGGAAUCCGAGGGAAUGCUAGUUGAUCGGGCUUAUCUUGAAAGCAUAGAAAAGGUGGCCAAAGCAGAGCAAGAGAUAGCUGCUAUUAGAUUCCGGAAAUGGGCAAGUAGGUAUUGUCCUGAUGCCCAGUAUAUGAAUGUAGGAAGUGAUUUGCAGUUGCGCCAGCUGCUUUUUGGUGGCACUGUGAACAGAAAGGACUCCACUCUGGCACUUCCAACUGAACGAAUAUUCAAAAUUCCCAAUGUUGAUAAUGUGAUUGAAGAUGGCAAGAAGGCUCCAAAAAAGUUUCGUGAUAUAAAGUUGACAACCCUAGGUUAUAACCUGGAGACUGAGAUGUACACAGCAUCUGGUUGGCCGUCAGUUAGUGGUGAUGCUUUAAAAGCUCUGGCUGGAAAAAUUUCUGCUGAGUAUGACUUUUUUGAUGAGACUUGUAACUUGGAUCUUGAUGAUGAAGAUGGAAUACCUUCUCAAAGUCAAGUUGCACCUGUAACAAUUGAUAAAUCUGCAUAUGGAACAGCCUUUACAGCUUUUCCAACAGAGGAAGAAGGAAGAGAAGCUUGCCAUGCAAUUGCUGCUUUAUGUCAAGUCUGUUCAAUCAACUCUUUGAUUUCUAACUUCAUCCUUCCCCUGCAGGGGCAUAAUAUAUCAGGAAAAGAUCUACGUGUUCAUUGUUCCUUAAAUAUCAACACAGAGACAGGACGCUUGUCAGCAAGAAGGCCAAAUCUGCAGAAUCAACCUGCUUUGGAAAAAGACCGAUACAAAAUCCGUCAAGCAUUCAUUGCUGCACCUGGGAAUUCUCUUAUAGUUGCCGAUUAUGGACAGCUGGAACUUAGGAUUCUGGCACACCUUGCAGACUGUAAGAGCAUGUUGGAAGCUUUUAAAGCUGGUGGAGAUUUCCAUUCAAGGACUGCAAUGAAUAUGUAUCCAUAUAUUCGUGAAGCAGUUGAGAAAAAGCAAGUGCUUCUUGAGUGGCAUAAACAGCCUGGUGAAGAUAAACCCCCAGUUCCUCUAUUGAAGGAUGCCUUUGGUUCUGAAAGAAGAAAAGCUAAAAUGCUUAACUUCUCAAUUGCUUAUGGGAAGACUCCUGUGGGGCUUUCCAAGGAUUGGAAGGUUUCUGUGAAAGAAGCUAAGAAAACUGUUGACCUUUGGUACAAUGAUAGAAAAGAGGUUUUGCAAUGGCAAGAGGAGCGUAAAAAGGAAGCUCAUGAGUUCCAUUGUGUUCACACAUUGCUAGGGCGAGCACGACGGUUCCCUUUGAUGGCCCAAGCUAACAAAUAUCAGAAAGGUCACAUUGAGCGAGCUGCUAUUAAUACUCCCGUGCAGGGUAGUGCAGCUGAUGUUGCCAUGUGUGCCAUGAUACAAAUUUCCAAUAAUAAGCAGUUGAAGGAGCUUGGGUGGAAGUUACUUCUACAGGUUCAUGAUGAAGUCAUAUUGGAAGGACCAACAGAAUCGGCCGAGGUUGCAAAGUCCAUAGUUGUUGAGUGCAUGUCCAAACCCUUCGAUGGCAAGAAUAUUCUUAAAGUUGACCUCUCUGUUGAUGCCAAGUGUGCUCAAAACUGGUAUUCUGGGAAAUAGGUACACUUGUACAGCACGAAAAGCCAUGACUCUACUGUUUGGAGAUGUUUCUUCAUUCAGAUAGCCUUGGCUGCGUGGUUCCUUUGGGGAUUGCAAUCAAAAGAUGAUGCUACUCUGGUGCUUCAAUUUUCAAGGCAAAAUUAAUGCCUUAGAUAUUAUGUUCUUGAUUUCUAUAGAGGUAUUUUACUUCCUAGGAGCAUUUCCUGUGUGGUGUUUUGGUAAUACGAAAGCAUAACACGUUUAACUUUGAAGGAAGAAAAAGGCCAAAACCACCGGCCUCGGCUAUAUACUUGUUCAAUUUUGUAUACCGGUUUUUCAUGCCUUGCAUCAUGUACCGGCUUGGUUUUUUGGUUGAUGCGAACUAUAUCGAUAUUGUAUAUAAAUUAUUAUGAAAUGAAUAUAUCUGCAUUUCUGUUGAUCA